AUGUUGAUUUAGAUGCUCAAAAUGAACAAUAUCAUCUAAACAUGACCUGUUUAUUUUCUGGUUUUACUAAGGGAUGUUUCCCAUCUUCAAAUAGGAUCAGAAGCAUUCGUCAAGAAAGUAAAGCUGCUCCUGAUAAAACUGAAACGGUUAAAGAUAAACCUGUGUUUUGUAUUUAUGAUUCCGAUGAGUCUGAUACCGAAAGACCCUCCCCUAACAUAUUAUCUGCAAUAUAUCCCUCCUCCUCCACCUCUUUUUCCUCCUCCACAGACUCAGUUAAUUACACCACCUUGAGAUCAACGAACCAGUCGCUUAAAGGCCGGAGCAGAAAAAGUAUUCAACCUAGAAUACCAUUGUCCAAUUCAACAGUAGACACCUCUACAGACUCUACUCUAGAGAUAACUCAUGUACCGUAUGUGCGACAAAGCUGUUAUCCAAGCUUGCAUAGAUCUACGUUCAUUUCAUCAAGUAGAGGAAUUGAAGCCCAUGGUCGAGAUAUGGGGGCCGGAGAAAGCAAAACAAGUUUUCGUCAAGCGGUUAACCUACUGGAUGAAAAUAAAGAUCUGUGGGAGCAGUUGGACUGGGAGAAAAUAACCUCUAUUCAGGAUGUUUUCGCAUUUUUGCCGGGAGCUGAAAUCAGAAGAAUUCGAGAAGAAAACCCUUCAAAACUUGCACAACUUUGCUGCAAGCUGGUUGAGAAACUGACUGUUGCUGUUGAAACUAGUUGUAGAACUAAAGCCGAUAAUACUACUGUUAUAAAUAGUUGCCGAAUUCUUACUCGGUUGAUCCCUUAUAUCUUUGAGUGCCCGGAGUGGAACUCUUUUUUCUGGAGUUCAGAUGGUGGGGAAAAUUCAAAAGAGAAUGAAAAUCAUCCUCUGGCAUACAAAUUGAUUAUGGCGCUCUCAGAUUUGCUGUUUUGUCCAGAUUUCACUGUCUCUGGCAGCAAUUCUAUGUCUAGAGAUGAGGUAGAUGAUCUGGAUAGUUUGGAUAGCUGUGAAUAUAUCUGGGAGAAAGGAGUUGGAUUCGCACAAUCACAACAACAGAUUCCACAACAUCAUCAUAACAGAUCUGAACUGCUGUGCCUACUGUUAACCUGCUUCUCCCAAACGAUGUACCUUACUCCACAUGGGGACAUCAAUAUGUCAGGGGAUAGAUGGGUCACACUUUUCACAAGUCCGCAAAACAGGUCAACAACUGUAAAUUUUUUAUAUGACUAAAGGGACUGGAGGCGUAAUUCCUGAUUUACAACAGUACCUUUGACUGAUCAUCGAGGGCAGAGGGCAUGUAUUUAUCUCUAAAACGAUGUUCAAAUUGACGUAACACUAGAGUGUACGCUAGCGUACAGUGUGAACGGAACACAGUUAGAGUUUCAUAGAUUUCUCGAGAAUCCAGAUUAUUCUAUGUCUAAUGUAAAUAUUUAUAUUUCAAUUUUUUUCCAAUUACUCUUUUCAUACUGCAUGAGUAUUGAAACCAGCCCGAAAGUAUGAAAGAGUUAGCAUAGUAAAGCCCAAGGUGUUACAACACUUUAUGUUUAACCCGCUCUUGAAAAUUGAUGCAUAAUUUUU